AAUAAGACACAAUAUGGGUCAGAUAAGAUUUUACAAUCCUUAUUACUAACAAGCCGACCCUGAGAGUCACGCAUCAAUAGACAAGGGCGCUUUUUUAUAUGAACAAAAUAAUCCAAAACCAAAACCAUACAAGUAUGAUUCAAAAGGGUGAAACGUAUACAUAUAUAUAUCUUAGUAUCAGUAUCGUGUUAGAAUGCCUGAUGGAAGUGUUAUAAACGUCAGGAACAUGCAAGAGAUAACCUCGAACAACAGUGACUUCAGUAUCGGAACUUUUCCCAAGAAGCGUAAAAAUAAAGCUCAAAUUGCAUCUAUUCUUGUUGCACUUUUGAUGUUUUUUCUGUGGCUAAGCAUCAAUUUUUCACAUAAAAUUGAAGUUAUAGAGGCUGAUGUGUUUACCGAAAAAGCUGUUCAUGCCACAUUGUCGAUCAGUAUUAUAAGUUUGGCAGAAUGUUUUUACAGAUUUUGUCUUCUUAUUGAGGAAAUGUGGCACCUUGAAACUAGGCACAAGAAUAGUUAUAAACUCAUGACUUGCUAUGUGUUUAGUGGUAACAAGACAAUAUACGUGGUGAUGGGUGUAAAUAUGCUGGUUUCAGUGAUAUUACUGGUGAAUAAUCCAGCUCUAUUUUGGUCAGUCUUUAUGAGCAAUUUUGACAGCAGUUGUGCUCUGUUGAUUGUAAUGUUAAUUCUCUUUCAAUUUAAGAAGCCAAACAAGGUGGAGUUGAGUCAGAUUGUAGAAGACAAUAAACUUAGUAUUGGACGUAGCUUUGCCUUCUGCUACUACUCAUCUUACCUGAAGCUUGUGAUGAAUCCGGAUUGUGGAUUGACAUUUCGAAAGAGAAUUAUGGAGUAUGAACAGCAAUAUGGCAUCUCUAUCCCUGUGAAGAAACUAUUUAUACUCAUCACAGAGUCAGGUUUUAUCCACAGUAACCUUGAGCAUUAUGGAGAUGAAAAUAUCCAAUGUGCUAAUCAACUACCAGAUCUAGAGCGGGACAGAGCUGGAACACAAAAACGAGCAUAUAAGAACACGGUAUAUGAGAUCAGUGUGAAAAAAGAUGAGGUACUUCGAUGCGUAGUGGAAGGAGCCACACCUCUUUUGUCCAUGAGAGAGAUGUCAAAAACAACCAAUAGUGGACUAUCAGUAAACAAACUAAAUGAAGAGAUUCUCCAGUUCUACCAUGAACUCAGUAACCUUCUGGAAGCUGACCCAAGUUGCUCCAAUUGUUACGAACUUAUAUUUUACAAAGAGCUGGUGUUGGUGACUGGGAUGGUGUAAAAAGUGAUUACAUUAUCUGAGUGAGUUGCUUGUAUACAAUGUCAGGAUGGACAUGAGUGGAGGGGUUUGCAAAUUAGACACUGCCAAGGGCAUUUAAGAGAGGUAUAAAAGACUGGAGCAUGUGAGAGCAGUGCUUAGAUAGGCAAAGCCUAUGUCG